AUGUCUUUCUUGCAGUUACCCUUGCCAAGCAGGGCUAGAGUGUAUGCAGAUGUAAACUCACACCGACCUACACGUUAUUGGGAUUUUGAGUCACAUGAGGAGGAAUGGGGAAAUCUUGAUGACUACAAGCUGGGCCAACUAAUAGGACGGGGAAACUAUAGUGAUGUAUUUGAGGCAUACAAAAAGAAAUCAAAUAAAAAAACUGCAGUGAAAAUACUCUACUCAGUCAAUUAUAUAAAAAUCAAACGUGAAAUCACAAUUUUGGAGAACUUAAGAGGUGGUCCCAACAUCGUAACACUGAUAGACACUGUAAGAAACGUUGAUUCAGGAGACAUUGCAUUAGUAUUUGAGUUUCUAAAAAACACCAAUUAUAAGAAAUUGUACCCGACCUUAACAGACUAUGAUAUACGGUUUUACACCUAUGAGAUACUGAAGGCUUUGGAUUAUGCUCAUAGCAUGGGAAUUAUGCACCGAGAUCUCAAACCUGAAAAUAUCUUGAUUGAUCACAAGAAAAGAACCAUACGGCUCAUCGACUGGGGCUUGUCAGACUUUUACCAUCCUGGUUUCAUGUAUAAUGUUCAUGUUGCUUCACUGCACUAUAAGGGACCAGAGCUAUUGGUUAAUUAUGAGAUGUAUGAUUAUAGCUUGGAUAUGUGGAGCCUGGGGUGUGUCCUAGCAUGCAUGGUCUUUCAUAAGGAACCAUUUUUCCCUGGUAACGAUCAUUUUGAUCAGUUGGUGAGGAUAAUAAAUGUUCUGGGAACAGACGAAUUUUAUAAGUACAUUGAAAAAUACAAGAUCACUUUAGAGUCACGUACCAAAGCACUCUUAACCACACAACCCCGCCAGGAAUGGGAGUGUUUCGUGCACAGUGAGAACCAGCACCUUGUAAGCCCAGAAGCCUUUGAUAUCUUAGAUAAGCUGCUAAAAUAUGACCAUCAGUCACGGCUUACUGCUCAAGAGGCUAUGAAACAUUCCUAUUUCUCAGUUCUCAUGAAUGGUCCGACUCCACCAGAGUCACCACACAAGGAAAAGGUCAAUAAGAUUGCCACCAAAGACAGAAGUAUGCCAGGAACCUCUUCACAAGCUAGACACCAGAUUGUUAAUCCAAAGACUCAAGUUACUACAGCUUCUGAGAAAACUGCUGCACCUUCAACCCAGGCUGAUAAGUAA